UGAGAAAAUUUGGAAAUUGUUGGUUCCGAGUCUGACCACCCAAACAAACAAAGCAAACAAACCCUCCUCACCCCUUUCUCUCUUCACCUCUUUCGCAAGUGCCCUCUCUCUCCCAUAGCUCCCCCUCUCUCUUCUUUCAAACCCUAACAUCUCUCUCUCCAUCUCUCUCUCUCUCUCUCGCUAUCUCUCUCACUAUUCAAGCUCUCUCUCUCUCUCUCUGUCUCUCUCUCUCUCUCUCUCGUUAUCUCGAUUCUCGAUUAUUUAUUUUCUCGAUCUCACUCGCGAGUAAUUGAUUCUCGACCGUUCGAUGGCUGAAAGAAAGCUCAAUCUCCCCGACGAUCUCCUCUCCUCCAAAUCUGCCGAUCAGUCCUGGAUCCCUCACGUUGAAGCUUCUGGAGGGAAUGCAGAUGAAAAGAUGUUAGGGAUGCUUGAUGAAUCAAAAGAUCUAUUGGUAUCUGAAAGCAGCAUUCCGUUGUCUCCCCAGUGGCUUUAUGCUAAACCAAGCGACACCAAGAUGGAAAUGCGGGCACCUAGCACUUUAUCACUUGGAAAUUCUGCUGAUGCCAAUCAAAAAGAAGCUUGGCGUCCAGAGGGAGCUGAUGAAAAGAAGGAUUGGAGAAGAAUACCGACUGAUGCUGAUAGUGGGCGACGCUGGCGUGAGGAAGAAAGAGAGACCGGCUUGCUUGGUAGAAGAGAUCGCAGGAAAACUGAUCGUCGUGUAGAAAAUGCUCCUGGACGAGAAAGCCCAGAUAACAGAACUGUGCCUGCAGCUGAUAGGUGGCAUGAUGUUAAUAACCGUGGUGCCAGUCACGAAGCUAAGCGUGAUGGCAAAUGGUCAUCAAGGUGGGGUCCUGAUGACAAAGAGAAGGAAGCUCGAACUGAGAAAAGAGCAGAUGCUGAGAAGGAAGAUGUUCAUGGUGACAAUCAAAUGAAUGUAAAUAACAACCGUGCAGUUUCUGAGCGUGAUGCAGACGCGCGUGACAAGUGGAGGCCACGUCAUAGAAUGGAGGGAAACUCUAGUGGACCAGGUUCUUACCGUGCUGCACCGGGGUUUGGACCAGAAAGAGGACGAGUAGAGGGUUCAAAUGUGGGGUUUGCAGUUGGACGUGGGAGGGCUAGUGCAGUUGUUCGCCCUCCCUCUUCUGGUCCCAUUGGUGAUGCAGAUUUUGACAAGGAGAGAAGCGUACCUGGGAAACUAAGCUUUUCACGUGAGGCGUAUUGCUAUCCGAGAGCAAAGCUUCUUGAUAUAUACCGUAGACACCAGCAUGAUCCGUCUUUUGCUACCAUGCCUGACAGUUUGGAGGAAAUACCUUCUGUAACACAACUAACUACUGUUGAUCCACUAGCUUUUGUGGCUCCUAGCAUAGAGGAGGAGGCCAUUGUUGCUGAUAUAUGGAAUGGAAAAGUUAUCAAUAGUGGCUCAUCAUAUAAUGCGUAUAGAAAGGCUAAAUCAAGUGAGAAUUCUGGUGAUGUAGUAGACUUGGAAGAUACCACUAGUAAACAGGGUAGUUUGCCUGUGAGUAUAUCAGAGAUGCUGGUCGAUUCCUCGGAAAGAUACCAAGAUGAUGAUGUGAAUCAGGCUGACGAUGCUAGAUUUUUUCCCAAUGAGGGAGAUGUUCAUCAUGAUAUGGCACGGAAGACUCCCAUGACUCUCGAGGGGAUAGGUUUGGAUAAAAUUACAUCGAAAAUGUCAAUCAGUAAUGAUAGCAGUCGUGCUCAAGAAUUGAGUGAUGCUUACCAAUUCGCUUCUCAUAUGAAAAAUUCUGAUUUAGCUUUCGCCAAGCAUCCUCUUUUCGAUGGAAUUGAAUCCAACUCUUCACUUAGCAAUGUUACUACUCUUGCUGUUGAUCUAAGCUCGUCACAUGAUGUUAAAUCCUCAGAGCAGUAUUAUUUUGGCAACAAGCAAGUAUCAGAAGAAAGACCAGACUAUAGUGAAUAUCAGCUGGAGAGGAUUACCCCACCGGAGGAGUUGAGCCUUUUCUAUUGUGAUCCUCAGGGAGAAAUUCAGGGGCCUUUUCUUGGGGUAGAUAUAAUUUCAUGGUUCGAACAAGGUUUUUUUGGAGCAGACUUGCCUGUGCGCUUGGCAGAUGCUUCUGAGGAGACACCUUUUCGACAAUUGGGUGAUGUCAUGCCACACCUACAAGGUAUGACCGAGUAUGCCAGUAACCCAGAUAGAAGCUCUAAAGUAGAAACCUCUGGAGCAUUUGAGGGGAUGUUGGAUGCCAAGUUAUCAGCUUCUCUUCCUGUACCUGAAAUGAUGGACAAUCCACGAUGGCAAAUGUCUGAUUUUGAUGGUAUCUCAGCAAAUAAUGUGCAGUCAAGAAUGUCUGAGCAUGAAGGUUUAUUGGACGUUCCUUAUUCUGAGGGUCAAUCCUUUCAAGAAUUUGUUGCUCAAGACGAAGAAAUAGUUUUUCCCGGACGACCUGGAAGUAGUGGCAACCCUGGGAGAACAUCCAGGGGUGCAGGUGAUCUCCCUGCAAGUAUGUUUGGUGAACCUUCUGCAAAGGAGUUGUUAGAUUCUCGCAUGCAGAGCUCCAAAAGUAACCAGUUGCAUCCAUUUGGGUUAUUAUGGUCUGAACUUGAAGGAACAUAUUCGAGGAAUGAUAAUAACUCAAAUAUGCCUUUCAAUGGUGGGAUUCAAGAUCAGCACAUGAACUCUAUUGGUCUAAGGGGUGCUUCUUUAGCUUCAGCAGAUUCGACUCAUGGUGCUGAUUCAUGGCCUGAUGCUUAUAGAAGCAACAUGCCGUCUGAAGCAAACAUGUAUCACGACGUCAUGGAUGAUAUACAGUUGUCACGUUUUGAUCAAGAAUCAAAGCGCUUUGAUUUAGCAGAAAAUCUUUUACCUCAACAAUUUCAGCAACAUCAUCUGCAACAACACAAUAUGUUAUCUCAUGGACACCUGAAUGAUCCGAUCCUGGAGCGAGUUUCAAAUAGGAACAUGAUGCACCAGCAGCAGUUGGCGAGUCAAACAGGACAAGAUCUGGAACACCUUUUGGCACUGCAGCUUCAGCAGCAACGACAACUUCAGCUUCAACAACACCACCAGCUGCAGCAGCAACAACAGCAGCAAAUUCUUCUAAAAGAACAGCAGCAGACACAAGCCCGACAUCAACUCCUUGAACAAUUGUUGCAGAAUCAAAUGGGUGAACCUGUUCGUGGGCAGUCUCGUCUUGAUGCUGUAAGGUCUAUUAAUGCUGUAGAUCAAGUUUUGUUAAAUCAGCAUAUGGUAAAUGAAUUACAACGUCCCCAUCACCUUUCAAGUAAUGUGGAUCCAUCUAUUGAGCAUCUUAUUCAAGCUAAAUUCGGUCAAACAAUGCAUCAUGGACAUCAACAAAGUGAUUUGAUGGAUCUUAUAUCGCGUUCAAAGCAUGGGCAGAUGCAGCCUAUGGAACAUCAAAUCCUUCAAGAGCAGCUGAACGGACGGCAAUUGGCAAUGGGUUUGAGGCAGCGUGUGGAGAUGGAGGAGAGACAGCGUGGUUCUGCCUGGCCUGUUGAUGAGUCUAUCCAGUUCCUCGGUAAUUCUGGCGGUGGUGCUCAUCGUUCGGGCUCUGCAGGAAUUGGACAAUUAGAAUUUUACCAACAACAACAAAGACCAUCUCCGGAGGAGCAUAUGAGCAACCUUGAACGGAAUCUUUCAUUGCAAGACCGAAUUCAGCGAGGUCUUUAUAAUCCGAGCUUAAUGCAAUUUGAGAGGUCAAUGUCUUUGCCUGGCGGUGGUCCUGGAAUGAGCCUGGAUAUGAUCAAUUCAAUGGCUCGUGGUCAAGGUUUGGGUAUGCAGGAACCAAGUGCGCGAAUGCAGCCUGCUGGCCAAGGUCCUGGGUUCUCUGGUGUCUACUCCCACCAAUCUAGCCAUCCUUCAUCUGCAAAUUUGUUCCACCCUUCUCAUUUGGAUGCCGUCGAGGGACAGUGGUCUGAGAAUAAUGGUCAACCACCUAGUGACUGGAUGGAUUCUAGGAUUCAGCAAUUACAAAUUAAUGAAAGGCACAAAAGGCAAUCUGAAGCUGGAAGGGCUGCUGAAGACCCAAGUUUAUGGAUGUCGGCCGGAAGCAGCGAUGAUACAUCAAAGAGGUUGCUUAUGGAACUGCUUCAGCAGAAACCAGGUCACCAGCCUACUGAGCAAUUAGAUGCAACUGGGGUAUCCUAUGAUAAAAGGCUACCACCUUCUAGUCACUCAAAUCAUUCAUUUAAUCUUCUGUCAGAUCGAGAACCAGAUCUGAAUCAACCAUUUGCCAUGGGUUCUUAUGGUUCUAAUUCAGGUGGGCCACUGCAUAACAAAGUAAUUGAAGAGCAGGUUGGUCUGGAAACCACUGAAAGGUUCUUGCUUAGAUCUAAUUCUGGAGCAUUAAAUGAUAGAGCUCAAUACUUUUCUGGUAUGAAUGAGAACUCUCAGGCAAUAUACCCAAAUGCAAACAUGACUGGCAAGUCUUCUACCGAUUUUUUAGAUUUGGAGCGAAAAAUGCAUGGUUCUAAGAGUGAAGUUGGAACAAGGAAAAUAUCUGCAUCAGAGUCUAGUGAUGAAUUUGUUCAGCAUGAAGGGGUGGCUGCUAGCAAUCGUGGUGAUAUGCCGAAUAAUGUCAUGAGUAGGCAUACUUCGCAAGCUGGUGCGGCUGCUGGCAUAUAUGAUAACAAAAUGCAGAGGAGCAGCUCUGUUGGAGAAGAUGUUAAAGAUAGGAUGGCAGCUGUGCCCUUGAAAAGACAGGAAAAUGUGUUGUCAAAACGACCGCCUGUUUCGAGGGCUGCUUCGUCUCAAGAAGGUUUAUCUGAACUGGCUUCUGAAACUAUUGUCAGAGGAAAGAAUAUACUGGGUGGUAGUACACUGCCAUCUGAAGCAGGUAGACGGGAGGCAGGGGGGAAUCCACCUAACCAGACUGCUGAGAUUCUGUCCUCCAAGAAAGAUGUGCGCUACAGGAGAACCUCGUCUUGUGGGGAUGCAGAUGUAUCCGAAACGACAUCAUUCAGUGACAUGCUUAAAAGCAAUGCGAAAAAGCCGCCACAACCAGAGAGUCAUGCUGCUGCAGCUGCUACAGAAUCCUCUGAAGGGGGGCGUAGCGGCAAGAAGAAAGGGAAGAAAGGGAGACAAAUCGAUCCUGCUCUUCUUGGUUUCAAGGUUACAAGCAACCGUAUCAUGAUGGGGGAGAUACAACAUGCAGAUGAUUUGUAACUUCUGUUUUGUACAGUAUGUAAUCCCGGCUAGUCUAUUUUGUUUUAGUUCUAAAUCAUAGAUAUUGUUUUCUUAGAGGAUCUGGUAUGAAUUUGAUGUAGUUAGAAAAAAGCACAUGGGAAAGGGUGCUAAUGUUAUUAUCAUUUCAUAUCAUAUUGAUGCUAGUUUAGAAUAAAGUGAAUAGAGUUAUCAUUACAUGUACACAAGGUUUUGGACUCCUAAGUGGCUUUCAAGUGGCCUUGUUAUCACUUGGCCUCUGUUUUCAGCA